ACUUCGUCCUGCCAUUUGUUUGCCUUCAAGAAUAUGGGUAAAAGGCGUUUCACUAAAACGCCUAUCUCCGGUCACUGGUCUCAGAGGUUCCGACGAAUGCGGGUAUAUAAUCCUCGUGCAACAUUUGAACAAGCAGAAUUGAUCUCGAAGCUUUUUGAUGAAAGUAACAAAAGCAAGAAGCAAAACACCAAGCAAAUUCAGAACACAGAGGAAAAGGAUUCGAUAGAAAAGGAUCAGACCAUCAACUUCAUUGAUCUCCCAAGCGACGUUCUACUGAAGAUUUUCGGCUAUGUUUCCAGUCCAGCACAAUACAUUAUCCAAGCGUCACAGACAAAUCAUCUUUUUGGAGCUCGUCGAAUCAUUGCUAAACUAUAUCGGUUACGAUGUGUUUGCAAGAGAUUCAGAGACGUGAUCAAUGAAUUUCAUCAGCAUUUGCCGAAGCCAUCUAUUGGGCUCAGACUACAGGCGCCAGUGGAACGAGAUCGAAAUUACGGCGGUUGUGUUGUGGCAUAUAUAUACGGAGAAAGCGGAAAGCGAUAUUUUUCUAAGUGUGUUGUGAUCAAUGAGGUUCCAUCUGCGAUUUUCCCUGCACAAAUUUGCACAUUCCUCAUUAUCAAGGGAUUGGUAUUAACGGACGCUUUGAUGGAUAUGCUAUUAAGUCUGGAUUUGUCAAAGGUUGAAGAGCUGUUCUGGCAUGAUAUAAGGGGCUCUCGCGUGACGGAUCUCGUUAAGAAAAUGGAGGCUCUGUUGGCUAAAAUGACAUCAUUAUGUACAGCCGAGUUCUAUUCUACAGACGACUUCUUUGAUCCAACAACAAUGUUUCCGAAUGAUAACGAUUAUUGGAAAGAUCGUGGAUGGGAAAAAACUGAUCAGCUCUACAUGGACAGGCGUGAAGUUCUAGACAAGUAUCGUACUCUUAAAAAAUGGGCAAUGAUCCGUCGAGUACGUUCUCGUGGUCGUCGACGUCGCCCAGCUUGA